AUGGCGAGAUACACGUCUAUAUCGAGCAGCCCUCAGCUAGAAGAUCUCAUCCACGAGAACGAGUACACCCUUAUCGACUUCUGGGCCACUUGGUGUCCUCCCUGCAAGACUAUCGCCCCUUUCUUUGAAAAGAUCGCAGCAGAAAAUGCCAUAGAUAAGAAGCUAGCCUUUGCCAAAGUGGAUGUGGAUGCGACGAAAGAAGUUGCGCAGCAGUACAAGAUCUCCGCCAUGCCCACGUUUCUGCUCCUGAGAAAUGGAGUCGUGUGUAAGGCUGUGAGGGGUGCGGAUGCGAAUGCGAUUAAGAAGUUGGUGACCUAUGCGCGAAAGAGGGGGAAUGGGGAGACGACCACGGAUGAGGAAGAAGAGGAGUUUAGUCAGGUUGAGUUUGGAGGGGGCGGAUCAGGGAAUCCGUAUCCGGCGCUCUUAUUUGCAGCAUUUCUGAUCUGGUUUUUGUUCUGGCGGAAAUAG